CCCCUUCUCCAAACGUCCAGGCCGACACAUACUACACUCAACCGAUCGUCAACGAAACCAGAGUCUGCCCUCGGAACAUCCUACAAUGCGGGAAGAUCAUGCGUCUCUCGACAUUGAGGAGCUGGCUGCCGAGGCGGAGCUGGUGACAUUUCACGAUGUGUCCCACGCGCACCCACCCGACACCGACGUCGUGACAGUCCGCUACCAGCUGGGCCAUGACGUCACAGCCUCGCCCCUGGACUGGAUCGGGAUCUUCCGCAGUGACUGGCGUGACCUCAGUCGGCCCCUGGCCUUCCAAUGGGCUCCUGUGACGUCAGCAGACAGGCGGAGACCAAAGCUGAGAAUGGCCAACUUCCCAGCUAGUGCCUUCACUGCUGUAGAGAGCAAGAGACAGAGCUAUCAGUACGUCUACGUGAGUAAAUCCGGGCAGAGUCUGGGGGUGAGUGCACACUUCAAGAUCAAGCGAUCCGGAACGGCGUGGUCUCUGUCUGUGGACAGGGCGGCAGGAGAUAAAGAUGGGAAGAAGGCUUGCUCUGCGGCGUCCACCGAGUCAGCCACAUCCCCGUCUAUGGUGAUAGUGUCUUCAGACGAGGAGUGGGAGCUCACGGCCGGAACGCUCAGGGAAGACAACUCUUGUAGCUCGGACCUGUCCGACAUCGUUGUGCUGUCCACCUCCCCUUCAAAGGAAGCCGUAGUUGUCGCCUGCAGGAACCAGUUCUCUCCUCUAGAGCGGACCAGCUCUUCCUCGUCCGAGGGUUUUGUCAUCACCGGUGACGGGAACGCCCAUAACGAGGAAUACGGACUAGAAGAAAUGCCCGAGAAAAGUCUGGAGGACGUAUCUAUGUCGUCUAUAAAAAGCAUCAGCUCCACUUCAAAUACUACAGUUAAAUCCAAAAAGAAAAAGAAGAAAGGGAACCUGAAAAACGCUGAGGUGGCUAAGACUUCUGAAAUAACGACACCACCCAAGAUUUCUCUCGCGAUAAGAGACGGUACACCACAACAGCUUGACGAUAACGUUUGCAAACAAUCAUCUGUAUCUAAUAUUUCUCCAAGAACAACAUCCCCUGUAGCAAAUAAUCCAAAUAAAACGCCAUCCCCUAUAUCAAAAUGUUCUCGUAGAACGCCAAUCCAAGAACCUCAGGAGUUGAAAGAAUUGGAUCAAAAAGUGGACCAGAAGAAAGGUCGUUUAAUUCAAGCAGAACGAAAGAACAGAAGCAAAUCGGACAAGAAGAAAAUGAAGAAACAGAAGGCGAAGAAGAGUCUAAUUGAAGUGAUGUACGAAGAUGAAGGGGACACAGGGUGCCACUCCAACGAUGUGCCAGAAUUUAGCUCCGGCUUUGACUUAGAGCAUGUCUUUGAGGACAAACAAACGAAUCCUAAAAAGAAAAAAUCCAAGAAGAGUAAAAAGAGCGCAACAACUGAUUACGUUGACGUCACCGAAAUAUUGGCCGGUACAGCAAAAUCUGGUACUUUGGUCGAUGGACAGGCCACCCCUACACCUGUUUCAAUCCUAGAGUCAAGCAACGCCACUGAGAAGAAAUGCGCUGUUUUGCAUGAAUCUCAAGAAGCUAGUCAGUUAGCGUCACAAGAGAUGAUCAUGAAAAAGCUGAAUGACAAAAAGAAAAAAGUGGUAUCAACGCAUGGGGAGCAGCUCCCGCAGGAGACGGAGAAAUCUGCACAGUUGCCGCCUCCUGUACCCGUGAAACCUGUUUGUCAUCUGGACACAACCGUGGAGUUACACUCAAAGAAAGCCCAAAAAGAGAAGAAGAAUAUUUCUGUGAAAUUAGCCGAACAGUCGUCGAUGGAGCGGCGAGGAAUUCCGAAUUCCUGUGGCAGUGAAAACGUGAACAGAAAGCGCAAAGGUCAAGGAGGAAAUAUUCUGCUCCCCGGAGAAGAGCUGAAGGCCAUCAGAGAGCAGUAUGUCCACAAGCAGAGAGCCGUCAGCAAAAAAAGGAAACGCGCGCACCGGAAAUCCUGCAAAACGUACAACCUGGCCUCGCUGUUUGGAGAUAUCUCGGGACCUGAGGAGAUCAGUGAAACCUCGGAAGAUAAAACAGUCGAGGUUUGUGAGCCUGAAGUACAGCUGCCUAUAAGCAGUGCUACCUUACAAGACACCUCCUCGGACGGGUUCCCAGAACUGACCGUGCCAAAAAGGGUACGUGUGACGUCAGACCCGGCCAAAAGUGACACGCCGCUGAUGAAUACCACUGGCUCUACAGAAGGGUCGUCGUCUGCUGGACAUACUUUAGAAGCUUGUGAACAAGGGGAGACGACCAGUCCACCCCUAAAGAUCCCAGAAGAAGAAGAAGAUGACAAAUUUCCGCCUUUCGCCCAAGACCUGGUCCAGCUGAUGGAGUCGCUUCCCCCUGCCUCGCCCAGCCUGGAUGGUCGUUGCUUGGUGGAGUGGCAGCGUGCCUUAGUGCCGGUGCUGGCCAAAGGGGCUCUUCCUUACUUCAAAGCCAAAUACAGAACGAAGCGCAUGCUCAAGAGAGCAGAUCUCCGGCGAAAGAAGGUGCAGAAGGUGAGCCUGACGUCAUCAGCCUUGUAUCGGAUGGCACACAGAGCGGGGCUAGACGCACCACAACUAUUGCAGCAGAGAAAGCUCAAGCAGACAGAGAGUGAGGAUGUAAGCUCAACAUUGCCAGCACGAGCAUCCACAUCAAAGGGGUUUACUGCCACGCCUUUGCCCAGCUCUGAGCAGACGUCACCAGCAGGCCAGCCCGCCACGGACUGUCAGUUGCAGACGAGAUGGACACAGGGCGCCCCAGAGAGGAGCUACGCCAGUGCUCUGAGGGGCGGUACCAAACCUGGAUAUACUGUGUUCAGCUUACCGUCCAACGACGCUAAAGCCACUUGUGCUGAGGCGAAUAGUCACAUGACCUCCAUGGUGUCAUCGCCAGGGACGUGUAACGGCGUCUGGGAUCAGCUUCCAUUUGCCAUUCAUACAGCGGAUACAGUUGUUACUGAGAGCAAAAAAACUGACACUUUGGAGGAAUCUGCUUCAACGGCUGAGAUCUUUAACGGCAUGGCUAAACAGUGGAAGAAAAAAGCAAGGAAGCUUCAGAGCAAGUUGCAGAAGGACAAGGAGAACGAAAACCGAAAGCGACUGCUGUCAAAAGCUAGAGACGCCAAGUCUCUUCGGGUCCUCGCUCUGUGUGGUGAUGACGUUAGCGUGAAGGAAACCGAGUCGAAAGAAGUGGCUGCCGUGAGUGGACAUGCACGGGACGUUGUUGUUGUUGCUCUCGAUUUCAAAGCUAGCUCAGAAGCGUGUACCGAUGUUCAGAGACGUGUUGAAGAUACCACAGAGUUGUCGUGGCCUAUUCCGACGUUUCUUGAUUCCCUCUCAAAUAUAUUGUCCAAGGCAAAGCGUUGUCCGUUGGUGGAUCUGCUCAAGGGAGAUUUGGAUUCUUCUUUCGAUAUCGCAGCUUGUGGGGUGGAUGAAGGGUGUUCCUCGUCCCAUCCUCCCGUUACCACCAUCAAGACAGAGGAUCGGAGUCGCCCCGUGGAGAAACAGUCUGUAGACGCCGGGGUCUGUGAGGAGCAGGUGGAGAUUUUGGACCACGCGCUGGCGGUGACGCUCGAGGAGAACAGGGGGCUGAGAGACACGGUGGCACGUCUUGAAUCGGCCUUGACCUUUCAGCGAACGGCGCCUGAGACUUGUGCCUCUACUGUGAGCGGAGAGGAAGAGAGAAUCACCACUGCGAGGUCACAGGGGGUGUGGUCUAGAGGCAGUAGCUUGACGUGCAGCAAAGCUUCAGACACACGGUCAGUGAGGAAAACUGGGAAGAGGGACAUAAAGCAAGAGGCGGAGAUAGCAGCCCUGAGGUCAGAGGUCAAGGACAAGGCACGAGCUAUGUCCUCAUUGGAAAACCAGGUCAACACACUGAAAUUGGCGCUAUGCGAGGAGACGAAGCGUGUGGUAAAGUUACAGGCGCGCAUUGUGAAGCUCAAGCGGAGACUGAAGGAGGCGAGGACGGGUGGGACAGGUCAAGGGGAGGUCAUUGAGGUCAAGUCUGCAGGGACAGGUGAAGGAGAGGUCAUUGAGAUACACGCAGAGCCCAUCUUCUCUUCCGCCCAACAGGAGGAUGGCUGGGAAGAGCCUCCGUGCAAGAAGCGCCGCCUAUGUUGUGACGUCACGCCUGUUCAGAUCACGAAAUUGUCUACAGGAAUAGAGAAGACAUCAAACAAGGCUGAUCUCCUUGAUGAUAAAAUCCAGGAACUCACAAAAGUGACAAAAAGCCAAAAUACAGAAGGUGAGGCAGAAAAGGGUACUGAGGAUCGGCAAGCCUCCGCUCAAUGUGCUCUUGUUGAGAUACCGGCCCCUGUCUAUGUACAAAACCCCCAGACACCCUGUACACGAACGUUCCCGGGGACCACCGCUGUAAAUAUACCUGUAAAAGAUACUGAGAGAUCAUCUUCCUCCCAAGCGGCUAAGCGUACAGAGAAAUUUAAUUUUAUCUCAGCUACGAAAUGCGACUACCUGCCGUCGUUUAGCAUAGAUGUUGAAAACCCAAAGAGCUCGGAGUCAGUCACAGACGACAGAAGUGAUGUGGACGGUUUCCGGUGCCACUGCUCCCUGCUUGACCUGUCUCGUCAAGGCAGAGCUGCGCGGAGAGGUUCACCUCCUCACUUGCCCCUCCCCACCCCAUCAGCAGUGAAGUCGUCUGUUUGCCAACCGUUCACUUCUCGACCGCUCUCUUCUCAACGACCUUCACCCCCACACUUACCGCUCCCGACCCCAGACUGCCCGCCACUUGGCGCUGGUCCCAAAGUCGCCACGCCAGGACGGACGUCAGAGACUACUGGAGACAGCGCGUUCCCUCCCCGUAAACCUACCCAGGGAAACUGCACGUCUUUCUUCAUAGAAGAAGACACCACAACUCCCUGGAACAGUGAACAAGCACGUAGUGGCAGGUCCGGUUAUCACGGGCAGGGCUGCAAUCAUUUUUUCACGCCCUCAACGUAUCAAAGCUCGAGCUGUUCACCUUCUACCUACGUCCAACGCGAACCCAAAAGUAGUGUGGAUUCUAUUGGGAUAGACACGUCCUUAAGAUUUAAGCCCGCACAACUGGACGGCAACUGUGUUGGCCCUCGCUACUUGCAUGGACUGAGGGAUGUAGGGUUUCCGCGGACGAACCCAUCACAUCCUUUCUCACCAGGUCGUGUCGGAGGGGUCGAAGACUCGGCGCCCCGACCCGUCUCCCGUCCGUGUGCUUUUGGUUCCUUGCAGGACCUGAGUCACCCAACGUUUGGUGUCUGCACCACAGAUCUUGGCAGACGCCCCACUCAGCAGAUUUAUCCGCAAUGCUCUCAGCAAUCGUGGCACAAUCCAACCGUUCACGUUACAGGGGACACCCUGAGCCGUCAACAGUACCAUGCAACUAGGCACGUUCUACCCCACGCUGACAACGGUGUAUUCCAACUUGACUCGCUCGAUGCCUGUGCACGCUGUUUUCCCUUUGGUUUGAAAACAUCGGAUCGAGUGAUUAGAAGAGAAACGGGGUUUGAUUCUACUGACGCUGCUCCACCCUCGUACCAUUCUGUGCCUCACAGCAACGUUCCGUGGACUCAGAAGGACUGGACACUUAGCGGUGUGUGCCCCAAUCGACACUGUGGCGUCCAAGAGUACCCAGGCGUUCCUCCCCUAGACGCGUCAACACUUGAAGACACGAUCUGCCGUGACAGGCGUGGGAUCCCUGCUGGUAGCUCAGAAAAUACGAACAGCCAAAUCUUGGUGGGUCCGGCGCAUGACCCUAACCCCACGUGUUGCUGUUGCGGCACAACGUUCACUCCAACUGUCAAUUCUAGGCUCAUCAAAGAUCAAAUAGCCUAUCAUCAGCGUGUCAGAUAGUUAGUGAAACCGACACAAGAAUCCUUCUUUUUCCCAAAGCUCGACGAAUCCUUGUCGUGAGAUUUGGGGCCGUGGGUACAUACGAAAAAAACGUACGUACCUAAAAUAGAGCAACAGUUAUCAUCGUUUGAAAAGAACGUGUGUCUCGCCUCACUGAAGCUUUCCUCGAGGGAGACUAAGUGUCGUUCUUAUUUACUUGUUAGAUAGUCUAAUUGUCGGGAAUUGUCGUUUCACCUUGGCGAAGUGCUUUAUUCUGCGGAGUGUAAUACAUCGAAUAUAAGAUUUGGAGAGAGAAAGACAGAGAGACAGGGAGAGCGACAGAGAUAGAGAGAGAGACAGAGGCAAAGAAAGAGAAACAGCG